UCUAAGGUUCCUAAGGGGACAUGGGCUAAGAAAAGGAAACAAAAAAUUAGCUGAGUGUGAACCCUUUUUCAAAGGAGUAAAAAGAAGUAUCAUUGAAUUUACUCCUCUCCACCAACUUUGUAUGCGAACUUUUAUUUAUUUAUUGGGGAGUUGAGUGAUGGAUAAGAGAAUUCCAGGGAUCCCACAUAUGAUAGAAGGAAGUUGAAAGAUAGAACCAUAACGUCAAGUCGUCAAAGAGGGAAAAUAACAUCCUUGGCCAUCCCCUCGUUUCUUCGUUUCCUUUUCCUGAAACCAGCUUUCCCCCUUUAAGCAUAUUUUUCUUUUUAUAUUUUUAUUUUAAAAUCACACUAUCCCAAUAUUCGAUUCUCUCUCAACUCCCCCAUUCAUCAGCAUCGUCUUCUUCUUCUUUCAUCUUAUUUUUACUACUCAUCAGCUGAAUGCAUCACCAAUCCAUAGCCUUAAAAUCCCCCCAAUACCCUUUCCCGCCCCUCCUCCAUCCUCCCAACCCUAUCCCUUCUCGCCUCGUAUUCGCCCCCAUUUCCUUUCCCCUCCAUCCCAACACCACCAUCAACUCUCCUCGCUCUGUCUUCUGCUGCCGAAAUUUCCAUAUGCCAGUUCCCAAUCACCCCCCUCGCUCUCCCCCCUCCUCCAACGCCACGAAACCCUACGCCGUCAAAACUGUCGAUGUCGCCACUCUCGGCAACCUCUGCGUCGAUAUUGUCCUCAAUGUUCCUCAACUACCCCCGCCUUCCCCAGACGCUCGCAAAGCGUUCAUGGAACAGUUAUCCCGUUCUCCUCCUGAUAAGCGAUAUUGGGAGGCUGGUGGGAACUGUAACAUGGCUAUAGCAGCUUCAAGGCUGGGACUUAACUGUAUAACAAUAGGUCAUGUUGGUAAUGAAAUUUAUGGGAAUUUUCUUCUAGAUGUGCUUCAUGAUGAAGGAAUUGGUAUGGUUGGAAUGUGUGACGAAACUGAUCGUGUUAACAGUCCUAUUGCUUCUUAUGAUACCCUCUUGUGCUGGGUGCUUGUUGACCCUUUACAAAAACAUGGCUUUUGCAGUCGGGCAGAUUUUAGUAAGGAGCCUGCGUUUAGCUGGAUGAGUACACUUUCCGAAGAAGUAAAGAGAGCAAUUAAGCAAUCGAGGAUCCUGUUUUGUAAUGGUUAUGACUUUGAUGAGUUUUCUCCUGGUAUGUUAAUCUCAGCUGUGGACUAUGCGGUUGAAGUUGGCACAUCAGUGUUUUUUGAUCCAGGGCCACGGGGGAAGAGUCUUUUACGUGGGACUGUGGAAGUGCAAAAAACACUCAGGCAUUUCUUGAGGAUGACUGAUGUCCUUCUUCUAACAUCUGAUGAGGCCGAAUCAUUGACGGGCAUAGCAAACCCAAUACUAGCAGGGGAGGAGUUGCUGAGGCAAGGAGUCCACACUAAAUGGGUGGUGGUAAAGAUGGGCCCUAAGGGUUCAAUUCUGAUAACCAUGUCAAGUAUUACUUGUGUGCCUGCAUUUAAGGUUAAAGUCAUGGACACUGUCGGGUGUGGAGAUAGUUUUGUUGCUGCUAUUGCAUUUGGUUUUAUACAUAAUAUACCCUUGGUUACUACAUUAGCGUUUGCAAAUGCUGUGGGUGCUGCUACUGCUAUGGGUUGUGGCGCUGGCAGGAAUGUAGCAACAUUGAAGCAAAUAGUAGAACUCAUGGAAGCACCUGACCUCAAUGAGGAUGAUGAAUAUUGGAAUGAGCUACUUAGUGAACAUUUGGACUCACAAGAAGUUACUGUUCUCUCAAAAAAGGUUUUAAAUGGAAGCAAUGGCAGGAUGAACCAAGUUCCAUUGCAAAGGGUGGUUUCUGAAUUGCUGCCUAAGCUUAAAUCUAGUCAAUUAGAGGGAAAACUUUCAUGUUGAUGCAUUGCAACAGAAAGUAGUUUCUCAGCAACGGUACAUGUUACAUAGCAAUUCCUUGUAUGGAUUCUCUGGCAAUACAGAACAAGUUUUAUGAGUUAAAUCAUCUCAAUGGAUUGAGAUCAGGAUGAAGUAGUUACUAGAAGAAGAUCCUCAGGUGAGAAAUAAUGCCAUUGCAUAAUUUGUGGUUAUGAGCAUUUUUAGCGAUACCUUGAUAGAUUUAUUUGUGCAAAGCUGAGAGCAGCUUUCACGUUCUUAUGUAAAGAUGUUUCCCCCCUUUUUUUGUAUCUUUUCAUGUUCGAAAUAAUUGCUUCUAAAA